AUGGCCAAUAUAAGUACAUGCCCAGUGACCGUCGGCGGCGAUAUCCACCGCCAAUACCACGACCUGAUCAAACUAUUCCGAAUGAGCGGACAAUUUCCAGACACGAACUACCUCUUCAUGGGUGAAAUAAUCCGUCUCCCUCCUGGUCGCCCUCAAAUUCGCUACCCCCAACGCAUCACGAUCCUCCGCGGAAACCACGAACCCCGCCAGAUCACCCAGGCCUACGGGCUCUACGAAAAAUGCCUGCCGACUCUGAUCGACAAUCGCAUAUUCUGUCUUCAUGGGGGCCUGAGUCCGUCGGUCGAUACGCUGGAUAAUAUCCGUGGCCCCAUAUGUGACCUUCUUUGGAGUGAAUUUGAUGAGAGAUGUGCGUGUGGAGAAUUUGCCGCGGGGCUGGUCUCGUUGGAGCGACAUGAUGGAUUGUUUGUGCUGACGAGUUCUGAUAUGGCUCCGAACUACUGCUACCGCUGUGGCAAUCAGGCGGCCUCUAUGGAAAUCGAUGACUCUCUGAACUACCAAUGGUAUCUUAAAGUGCUCGGCGAGUACUUCGCAAAAAGAGGUCAAAUGCGUCCAGGGAGAGGAUCGAACUCUCAACCUCACGAUUAA